AUGUCAAUCACAAACGAGUCCAUCUGGGCUCCUAGCCCCUCCACCACUCGUGGACAGCCCACCCAGCUCUCCUCGGACGCAAAGGGUGAGCGACUAGCAUACGCUUCCAAUAAAUCUAUCUUUCUGCGCUCGAUCGACAACCCCGCAGUCGCCCGCCAAUACACAGAGCACAAGGCUCAGACCACCGUUGCUCGGUUCUCCCCCUCUGGAUUCUACGUUGCAAGUGGUGAUGCCUCCGGUACAGUGAGAGUGUGGGAUUGCGUUGGAGACGGCAUUACCAAGGGCGAGUACAACAUCAUCAAUGGCCGGAUUAACGACCUGGCCUGGGAUGGUGAUUCGCAGCGCAUCUCUGCCGUAGGAGACGGCAAGCAACGAUACGGUCACUUUGUUACCUGGGACAGUGGAAACACUGUCGGCGAAGUCUUUGGUCACACGCAACAGAUCAACUCCGUUUCGAUUAGGCAGCAGCGGCCUCUGCGUGCGGCGACUGCGGGUGAUGACAAGAAGCUGGUCUUCUAUCACGGAGCGCCUUUCAAAUUUAACAUGGGAGUUGCGGACAAGCACUCUAACUAUAUUUAUGGUGUUGCCUUCAGUCCUGACGGCGCCACCUUGGCCAGUGUUGGUGGAGACCGCAAGAUUUGGUUGUACGAUGGCAAGACCGGUGAGGCCAAGGGCCAGAUUGGCGAGGGGGAGCACAAGGGUAGUAUCUUUGGUCUCUCUUGGAGCAAGGAUUCCCGGAAGUUCGUUACCGCCAGUGCUGAUCGGACGGUUAAGAUCUGGGAUGUGGAAGCGGGCAAAUCCACACAGAGCUGGACUCUUGGAGAGGAGGGCGCAAUGGCUGUUCGCGACCAGCAAGUUGGCGUUGUCUGGCCGCCUGGACGCAGUGAUAAUCUGCUUAUCAGUUUGUCUCUUAGUGGAGAUCUGAACUACUUGGUGGAGGGAACUCCUGAACCCCGGCAAGUGAUCUCAGGCCACCAGAAGAGCAUCACCUCUCUGGGCCAGACCACGCUGGACAACAAGGAGACAUUAUGGACUGGUAGCUUCGAUGGACGGGUCUGUAGCUGGGAUGUUUCUUCCGGCACCGCAGCAGAGAUCGAAGGUGAGGGUCACCCUGGCUACGUUGCUGGUCUCACCUCAACUACAGAGGGUUCUGGCCGAAUCUACAGUGUUGGCUGGGAUGACACCAUUCGCUCCAUCGAUGUUGCUGCGCAGACAUACACUGGUAGCACCUCGAAGUUGACCGGGCAGCCAAAGGGCGUUGCCGCUGGUGAUUCCAUUAUUUUGGUCGGUACCGAGGAGGCCGUUGAAAUCUUCCAAGACGGCAAGAAAACCGGUGAAUACAAGCCCAAGUUCCCUGUCACUAUCGUAGCCGCCCAUGGAGCCGUUGCUGCCAUUGGAGGCGAGAAUGGAUCUGUUCAGAUCUGCAAGGUUUCUACCUCUAGCCUCUCGGGCCAGACUGAUAUCAAUGCUUCCCGCAACCAGAUCUCCACUCUUGCAUUCUCCCCUGAUGCCUCCCUCCUGGCAGUUGGAGAUAUGCGAGGCCGCGUUCUGGUCUACAAGGUUGCAGAUGGAAGUCUCGUUACGGACCGGUGGACUGCACACACCGCACGUAUCACAUCCAUCUCCUGGCAUAAGGAUGGAUCGCACCUUGUCAGUGGCUCACUAGACACCAACAUCUUUGUGUGGAGCUUGGCCAACCAGGGUGACUGGAUUGAGCUGAAGAACGCCCACAAGGAGGGUGUCAAUGGUGUGACUUGGGUUGAAGGAUCGAAGAUCGCCUCGGCGGGUACUGAUGCGGCAGUGAAGGUUUGGAAGGUUGAGGGAAUGAAAUGA